ACCACUUGUUAGAGCAUGGAGAAUGCCCCUGCGUGUGGGGCGGCUUCGUUGCCCCCUGUGUGCCACGCUCACCUUGGAGUUUUAGCUACAUCCUUGAAUCUUACCCAUUCAGCAGCCAUGGAAGCAGUGCUCAUCUUCCUGUGCUCCCUGCUGGUGCCGGCAGCCGUGGCAGAUGUGGCCACCCAAGAGAAGGAGGAGGACCCCUUUAACUAUGAUUACCAGAGCCUGAGGAUCGGGGGGCUGGUGUUUGCUGUGGUCCUGUUCACUGUGGGCAUUCUCCUUAUACUCAGCAGGAGAUGCAGGUGCAGUUUCAACCAGAAGCCCAGAGCUCCAGGGGAUGAAGAGGCUCAGGCUGAGAACCUGAUCACCUCAAACGCAACGGGAGCACCGAAGAUGAGGUUUGCCUCCCAAUUAAUGUGCUUCCCCGUGGGCACCCACUCACAGAGCGAGGCACCCGCUGGACGCACGGACACGAUGGGCGACGAGCAAGCCCCCGAGCAGGGCCUGGACAGGUUCAGCUAUGACUACGAGAGCAUCCGCCAUGGGGGGCUCAUCUUUGCCAUCGUGGCUUUUGUCGUCGGGCUCCUCAUCAUCCUCAGCCAGCGACUUCACUGUGGAGGGAAGAAGAGGAGGUGGGUACUGCAUGGCUUCAAGGCAGCCUCAUCUCUCCUCCCUGUCCUACUCUUGCCAGCUGAAAGGGCUGGGGUCUCGGCUCCUCCUCCCUCCCAUCUCAGCCUCCUUGCCCAGUGUAACCCAUCUCUAUUUGCUCCACAGGCAAGGGAACGAGGAAGAGCUGUAGCUGCGGAGCUGCAAUGGCACCAUGGAUGCAGAGCCUCAUCCAAAGCAGGAAAGUCCUUGCCAAGGGCCACUCCUUACCCCGCUCCAGUGGAUCCAUUACCCUGCUCGCCCUGGACGGGGCUGGAACGCAAAUUGCCCUCGUGCUUUCCCCCGUGUUAGAUGCAGCGCGUUUCUUGGCUAAUAAAGUGCAAGCUGAGCGAGGUUAAA